UUUCUUUACCCAAAAUGCACAGCGACAAAGCCACGUAAACGUAGAGAAUCAUCAGCGCUGUCUGUUGCUAGCCACCCCUGCUAACUGCAUAGUUUCACAUCUGCAUACUGCUCAUCAUAGGUGUCCACAUGAUGCUACACUUGUUUGGGGCUACAGUAAGAUUGCCAGAGCUGUAAGAUGUCGAUGGUGGUGUUCGCCUCGGUGGUUCGGGUCCGGGAUGGCCUGCCUCUCUCUGCAUCCACUGAUUAUGAGCAGGACAGAGAGCUCCAGGAAACCAAGAGGCAUCUCAAGGGUCUCUCCAAGAAACUCAGCCAGUUCCCUGACCGCUGCACACUUAAGACAGGACCAUACAAUGUCAAUUUUACAAGUGCACUGGGUGUUGCAUACCUGAUGGUGUGCACCGCAAACUACCCCAAUGUGCUGGCCUUCUGCUUCCUGGACGAGCUACAGAAGGAGUUUAUUGUCACCUAUGACACGAAAAGAACCAGCAGCGCUGUGCGGCCGUACUCCUUUAUUGAAUUUGACACCUUCAUCCAGAAGACCAAACAGCGCUACAACAGCCCGCGUUCGCUGUCCACCAAGAUCAACCUGGCUGACAUGCAGACAGAGAUCAAGCUGCGACCGCCCUACCUGCUCUCUCCUGAGGAACUGCAGGCUAUUAAUGGAUUCUCAAAUCACACGCCCCCUAAAUACAAAGGCAUAGCUCCCACACAGAUAUUGGAGCCAGUGACUCUCCCAGGCAUUGUGUCCUGUGUGCUCAGUAUCCUCUGUGGAGGCCUUAACCUGCUGCGAGGAGUCCAUGCUAUAGAGAGUAUACUACAGAAUGACGAUGAAGACUUUAAUUACGUGAUUGCCUUCUUCCUUGGCACGGCAGCCUGUCUGUAUCAGGUAAGUGAUAGUCUGCGGUAAGAGCAGCCCAUCACUGGCUGACUAACAGCCCUGCACUUUACAGCUCAGCAGCUUGUCAGCUAGACUAACAUUAGCAAAAGCUCAAUGCCUUUCACCCUACUACCUUCUCUAAAACAUUUUCAUCAACUCCGUAAGUGCACCUCCUGGAUCUAAAUGGAUCACCACAAAUUGGUAGACUGAUGGGGUGGAACAAAGUUAUCAGAUGGAAUUUCUUACUUGCCAGCCAUAUUGUCCCAUGAAGGACAUUAAUAAUGAAAAACUUUCAUGUGUCAAUGUCAGUCA